CUGAGGAGAGCAGCCAGUAGAGUUGCUGGUACCUGAGUGCGGCUCAGUACUAAAUCUAGCAUAGUGUGCGUAAGGUACACGGAGAGGUCACGAGCCGAGAUUUUUAUAGCAAACGUGUUAUUUGUGUGUGUGUUUUAUUUUAUUACUUUAUUGUUUUAAGCGAUGUACGUUGUAUAGUACUCUGACGUGUAAUAAAGUGUAUAUUUGCUCAGUUAUAUUUUAAAGAAAAUAACAUGAAUAAAGUGCUGGAUAUAGCUAUACAUGAACUCGUGCAAAGACCUUUAAAAAAGUGAUAUAUUUCUUCCUGUACAAGCCAGUGAUUUUCAGACACACUCCUGUGAUUACAUCUUGUUUCAUCUGUCACAGCCCAAAAUGGCAAUCAUUUUAAGAAGCUCUCUUCUGCUGAGGUGCAGUGCCCCUUCUGCUUUCUCAGCCAGAAGUAUUUCUGGAACAAGUUCUUCGAAACAGGAAGCAAUCAGCGUGCCAAAAUUUGAUUCCAGUGCCAGACCAACCUCAGAGAUACCAGGUCCCCGAUGCUACCCCUUUUUGGGCACGAUCCCUUCCAUGCUACUCGACCCAACUUUUGAUAACAAGCAGAUCCAUAAGUUCUGGGAAAAGAUGGUAAAGGAAUAUGGGCCCAUUGUUAGAAUGGUAACACCUGGAAUGCCAUCAAUUGUUGGGCUGAUGAAUCCUGAUGACUGUGAAACUGUCUUCCGCACCACCAUGGAUAACCCUGUUCGAAAUGGGUUUUUGUCACUGAAGAAAAUCCGUGAUGAUGAAGUGAAUGGAUACUUUGAAAAAAAAAGUGGUCUUCUGCCUGAAAAUGGUGAGGAAUGGUGGCGUGUCCGCAGUAGAGUGCAGACUCCUAUGCUGAAAGUAAAGAAUAUUGCUUCAUAUUUGAAGUCCAUGGAUGAGGUCUCUCUUGAAUUUUUGGAUAGGAUUGCAGCCAUGCAGGAAGAGUAUGGGGAGAUGCCAAGCGAUUUUCAGACUGAACUGUACAAAUGGGCCCUUGAAUCUGUGGGCCUUGUUGCUCUCAGUCGAAGAAUAGGAUGCUUGGAUCCCAACCUCGCGGAUGAUUCUGAGCCGAUGCAGUUAAUCCACUCGGCCAAUAACAUUUUUGAGGCCAUGAAUGACACUGAAGUUAGUGCUGGUAUGUGGAGGUUCUUCCCUACAGCACCUUACAGGAGGCUGAAGGCAAAUCACCAACUUUUCCUAGAGGUUGCAGACAGCAACAUUCAAGAGACAGAAGCACUGCUGAGGGCCAAGACAAGUAAAGAAGAUGAAGAAUUAACACUUAUGGAAUCCCUUCUUCUCAUGCCUGGCCUCUCCCGUAAAGAUGUUGUUACACUUAUUCUUGACAUGCUCUUUGCUGGCAUUGACACAACAUCGCACACAAUUGGCUUCACUCUCUACCUCCUGGCUAGAAACCCUGAGGUACAAGCUCGUGUACAGAAAGAAGUUGACCAAGUCAUAGGGGAUCACCAAGGUCCUCUACUGCCUUCACACUUGGGUAAACUCUCAUACCUCAAGGCUGUGUUAAAGGAGUCUCACAGAAUAUUUCCCUUGACCGUUGGCAAUGCAAGGACUUUGGAUAAAGAUACAGUGCUUAGUGGAUAUGUUGUUCCUAAAGGGUGGAUGGCAGUAACAUUAAAUAUGCUAAUUGGAUGGGAUGAGUCGGUAUUUCCUCGUGCCAAUGAAUUUAUCCCAGAACGCUGGUUGCGGCACAAACCACUAGGGCCCAUCCACCCCUAUGCUUCUCUUCCCUUUGGAGCUGGGACGAGGAUGUGCAUAGGAAGACGCAUUGCUGAACAAGAGCUGUACACUUUCUUUGCAAGGGCAAUGCACAGAUUUACUGUAGACUACAAGUAUGAAGAUAUGGGUGUCAUCAGCAAAUUGGUUUAUGCUCCUUCUCGGCCACUAAGAUUUACAUUUACUGAACGCCGUUGAUAUUGAUAGUUUCAAUGAGUUGUUUGUGUAAGUUAGAUUGUUGUGGAGGUCAUGAAAUUUCCCUACAUUUAACUAAUUCCAGUUCUGAAUAUUAACAAAAAGAAAAAAAAUAAUUUUGAUGGCAUUGUUAUUGUUGAUUAAAUAUGGUCAUUGUUCUAUAUUAAUAUAUCAUUAUAUUAUUUAUUUCUCUGGGUAACCAUUUUCUAAAAUAGGUGUUUAUGAUUUUGCAUUUGAAUAAUCUUUAUGUAAAUACUAUACAUUUUUUUUUCAUGUGAUAUAAAUCACAAACAUAAAGCCCUUUACACACUUGUAUACCUUAAUGUUCCAUUAUUUUUAACAGCAUAUUUGUUUGACUGACAUGUAUCCAUGAUAUGACAUUCUACAUAUAUAUCAUAACUAUUGUUGUUUCUAGUUAUAUGAAAUUCAUAUGUUGUAUUUUUAGACAUUAUAAGUUGAUAUAUUUUUAAGAACGUAAUAGGGCACCAAAGACAAUAUGUGUUGUAAGAUAUUAGGGAAUAUGAGGACCAUUGUAGAUACAUUUAAUAGUAGGAUUACAGAUAUGAUUAUUGGUUACCUUGGCAAAUGAAAUACAACAAUUUAUGUUA